AGAGAGAGCGAGCUGCGCGCGCCCUACCCGGCAGAGUGCGUCCCGCUCCAACACACAUCCCGGCACGCUCGCGCGCCGGAGUCACUCCGCUCCCACAGAUCAGACCCGCUUCCCUCCCGAGGCUCCUGAAUAUUGCAGAUGAGCAGUCUGACGGGCGCCGGCAGACCUCCAGUACCUGUGCGCCUCCAGCGCGCGUCCGAGAAACUCCGCCGGGCUUCGCUCUGAUUGUUUUCCUCCGCAGAUUCUCACGCGCUCCUCUUGGAUUACGGAGGGAAGGAAAGGAAAGGAGCGUGGGCGCGUAACUCCCGAAAUCAUGGAAUUAUGGAUAAAGUUGAUGCUGCUGUACAGCUGCUGUUUUGGAGCAAACGCAGACUUCGAUGGAAGGUGGCCGCGGCAGAUGGCCUCGUCCAGCGGCCUGUGUCGAUACGGGGCCAGGGUGGACUGCUGCUGGGGAUGGAUGCGCCGCUCCUGGGGUCACUGCCAGCCUCUCUUCGCCUUAACUCACAGAGUAGUCGGGAUAAGGUGCCAGCCCCAAGCUGUGUGCCAGCCGGGCUGUAAGCACGGAGACUGCGUGGGACCGAAUAAGUGCAAAUGCCAUCCCGGAUUCACCGGCAAGACCUGCAAUCAAGAAGAAGCGCUGGACUAUUUAACCCCGCCACUUUGGACCAGUCACCUUCCUCUCUUUCUUCCUGCGGACCAUCAGCGGGCGGGAGUAGUGAUGGAGGACCUCAAUGAGUGCGGCCUGAAGCCGAGGCCAUGUAAACACAGGUGCAUGAACACGUACGGGAGCUACAAGUGUUACUGCCUCAACGGGUACAUGCUGAUGCCUGAUGGGACCUGUGGAAAUGCCCGCACUUGUGGUAUGGCCAACUGCCAGUACGGCUGCGAGGUGCUGAAAGGAGAGGUCCGAUGUCAGUGUCCGUCGCCGGGGCUUCAGCUGGCUCCAGAUGGAAGAACCUGUGUGGAUGUGGAUGAGUGUGCGGCGGGAAUAGCAGUGUGUCCCAGGUUCAGGAAAUGCAUCAACACAUUCGGUAGCUACAUCUGCAAGUGCCAUGAAGGAUUCGACCUGCAGUACAUCAAUGGAAAAUACCAGUGCAUAGAUGUGGAUGAGUGCUCUUCAGGUCGGAGCCACUGCGGCGGCUUCGCCACCUGCUACAACACGCCGGGCUCGUACAAGUGCAAAUGCAAAGACGGCUACAGGGGGAUGGGCCACGACUGUAAACCCAUUCCUAAAGCGGCUCUUGACCCUGCCAAGCCAGGCCAGCUGCCUCCGAAUCAUCACAACUACAUCCCAGACUUCGAUCAGAGGAGAACCACCACCCAGCGGACGCCCGUGACCCCGAAGAGGAUCUUCCCCGUCUUCCCUAAAUAUCCGAUAACCACCACCGCCACAACCACCACCUCCACCACAACUACGACCAGAGCGCCCGAGCCACCGAGGAGGAUCACUCCUCUGCCGCGCAAGCCGUCCGUCCCCUCCAGAAAGCCGUCCAUCCCCACCAGGAAGCCAUCGAUACCCUCCAGGAAGCCGUCCAUCCCCACACGCAAGCCCUACAUCACACCAAAACCAGCUGCUCCCACCAGACCGCCGCCGCCGCCGCCGCCGGUCACUCCAGUGGACAACACCAUCCAGAAGGAGGUCACCAAACACCGAGGAGACGUCCACAUCCAUCGGAAUCACGACGACAAGCCCAUCUUCGACAACUUUGACAUUGAGCUCGGCAACACGGCGGACGAGGCCAAAGACGACCCAGACUCGGGAUAUCUGAGCUGUUCCUUUGACGACGGUCUUUGUGGUUGGAUCCGGGACAAAGACGGAGACCUGCACUGGGAGACAACACCCGAUCCGUCAGGUGGGCGGUACCUCACGAUUCCUGAAGCGGGGAACAAGAGGACGGGGCGGGGAGCCCGGCUCGUCCUCCCGCUCACCCCUCCCUGGAACGACGGCAACCUCUGCCUGUCGUUCCGGCACAAGCUGGCGGGCCACCAUGUGGGGAUGCUCCAAGUGUUCGUCAAGAAGGGGAAGCAGUACAGCCCGGCGGUGUGGGGCCGAACGGGGGGAAACGGAUGGAGGCACACCCAGAUCACGCUCUGGGGCACGGGCCUGGAAAGUGUGAUCCUGAAGGGGGAGCGCGGGCGGGGCAGAGUCGGCGAGAUGGCCGUGGACGAUAUUACCCUGAGGAAAGGCUCCUGCACGGAGGAGCACAAUCUGAGGAGACUCUGACCGACUGACAGGACAGGACAGGGGCAGACAGAAAGAAAACAUGAGGGGAAAUCAUCUAAAAGAGAAGUGACUCUGUUGUGACUCCCCCCCCCCCCCCCCCCCCCCCUCCCCCGACUCUGUCUGGACUCCCACUUUUCCCUCCCUCCAACACCCCCCCUCGCCAUUCUGUGAACAAUAUCCGAGAAAAUAGUGUGUGAAGAACAAUGGGUUCCACUUUCUCUAUUUCUAUACUGUCCAUGAAAAAGGCCUGAUCCCAGCGGCGCGGCGCGGCCUCCUCAGCCUCGCUCUCACUCCAUCACCUUGUUACUCUGAAACCUGCAUGUACCCACUUACUAUGGAAAUGUCCUCCUCCCGACGCGCCGCCCUGGCAGCCUUCCAGCCACACGUCCGAAAAGGCCCGCCUUCACUCCAUUUCUCCACGGAGAGAGAGGAUUGUUUCUUCAUAUAGGAGUCUGCUUUUGCUUUGCUUUGAUCCCAGCAGUCAUUGCUUUUCGUUUGCUCGCUGGUAAAGCACGUGGCCGGAGGAGUGUGUUGUUACUGUUUUAAUCAACACAGCAGCAGAGGCGGUGUGUUUUUUGCCUGAAGGUCCAAAAUAAAAAUGUCUGUGGGACAAAUAGCAUUUGUCAUAGAUUCUAUCUAUUUGCCAUAAAUGAUACUGAUCAGUUUUAAUCCGUUUAAAUCCAAAGCAUAAAACCAAAUUGUGAACCAUUUGUUUUCCUGAUUCUUUGUGUGUUUGUUUGUUUUUUGGUGUGUUCAUGUGUAACUGGGAAGACGGAAAGUUUUAAUUAUUUUAUGAACAUCCCACUGAGAAAGUGGAGAGAUUUCAGUGAAUGCUGAGAAACUAAUCUGCCUUUAGAUCAUAUGUUCGCUUCAUAUAUGUGAGGAAGCGGGGCUGUCCAGUCCCGCUCUCCUGUUUCUUCACGCUGAACUCUGAUAAAUGCGCCACGUCGCUCUCCUGAAAGCUUGACGUCACUCCACUGGACCAGGAUUUGACAGCCUUGAUCGAUCUAUAAUAUCGUCUUUACUUCAUUUAGAUGAUGAAAAUGUUGCUCAUUCAUCUGCAGAUUUUCACUUCUUGACUGUUGUUUUUGUCACAAGCUCACUUUAGAACCAUAAGUUUCCCCCGCAGUAGCUUUCUGAUUUCCCAGCUCUCUGGACACACAAGAUAGAUUUCUUUCUUUUUCCUUUUUUUUUAACAAUGAUUUCUUUCAAAAUAGUUUUGAUUAAAACACCAGGUUGAUUUUUGGUCUCACAGUGUUUCAGAGAAUUGCUUGUUCGCACAGAUUUCAAAUAUUUUAUCAGCUUUUCUAUCAUGACCCAUGUUUUAUAGCCUCCUUUAAAUGGUAAAACUUCCUAUAUUUUUUCCGGUACUUGAACUGUAUUAAACAUAAUUUUUGACUCUUACAAAUCAGUUUCUAUUAUACAGGGUGUGCUUUGUUAUAUUAAGUGCAGUUUGUUAUAAAGACAUGAAUACCAACCCGUUUUUUUAGGCUUUUGCUGAUUGUGUUAUUGUAAAUGUAGUUGUGUGUACAUACUCUAUACAGUCCCAUUUUUUUUGUGUUGUUUAAAUGUCAUGUAAAUUCAUACAUAAAUAUUGAUUGGAUUUCAGAUGGUCAGUAUUCAAUCUUUCAAUUAAAGGACAUGUACACAGUUGAAAAAAAAACCCUGUGUUUAAAGUGUGCAAAAUGUGUGUGUUCAUGUGGUAAAAUGCUCUGUCUUUAGCUUGCAACACAGAGUUGCACAUUGUAUACGCUGUACUGAUGAAGGGCAUUGGCUGGAUUUUCCGAGGUUUUCUGUAUGCAUGGUUGCAAAUCCCAAAUUUCACAUUUAUCCAGACCAGUAUGUAAAUAAAACACUUUUGAUUGUU